UCGAGCAGCAGCAAUCUGUAGUAAGCAUUAUCAAGCAGUAUCUCCGAUUCCAAUUCUUCAAUUAGAUCAUUUCUACGAUUUCCAGUGCAGAUUGCAGCUCAACUUUCUGAUCUCUGUACUCCUAUCAAUUCGUCGAAUUCACUUACAAUCAUGGCAGCAUCUACAGCAUCUCUUACCCUCUCCAGCAGCGCUGUGGCUGCCCCUUCCCUCCUCUCGUCUCGGACUUCUUUCGCCACCCCGGUCGUCAGUGUUGCUCCAUGCAAGACUGCCCGGAGAGGCGUCGUGAGCAUCAGGGCUAGUGCAUCCGAGGAACCCAGGUCAGCGAGGAAGGAAAUGCUGGCAGGUUUAGUGGCAGCCGGUGCUGCUUUGGCUGUCGCUGGCAGCUCAUUCAUGGUAGCCGGGAGCUCCUUGGCUGCCUCGGGCCCAGGAAAUGACGGAGCCGCCAUCACCUCCAAGCAGGCCAACGAUCUCUUGAAAGCCGGAGACGAUUUCACCACCAACGAAUCACCGCAGCGGUUCGGUGGUGAGCGCCUGCCCGAAGGAUCUCUCCUGAAGCCCGACAAGCUCGCCCUGCAGGCCGGAGGUGGACCUAUCGAAGGUCUUCAAGCCGGAGCAGACAAGACGAUCGAAACGGCGAAGAAGAAUGUUGAGGAAGCUGGAAGCAGACUCGGAGACCUGUUCAAGGGAAACAACAAUGCUGGAGAUUUGUCAACCAGCUCGAUCGAGGAUGCUGCCAACAAUGUCAGAGGAGGAAUCGAGGACCUCGUGAACAACGGACCCAGCAAGGUGAAGUCCGACGUCGAGACUACAGGAGACAAGGUCAAGAGUGACAUCGCAUCGACCCAGGGUGUGACCAGGCAAGCUAGCAACAAGGCUGGCAAUGUCGCUGAUCAGGUUCAGGAUAAGGCCAGCGAUGCCGUCGAGGGAGGCAAAGAUUUUUUGAGUAACCUCAAGGACAAGAUCACAGACUCUAUCCCCCAGUAAGUGAUCCAUUCAGCUCUAAGGUGCAGCAGCUGCCGCACAUCAAUACUGAAAACGAAGUUUGAACGGGAGCGUAUCAUGUGCUGAAGGAAUGACUGCUAAUUGCUGUCAUCGUCAGGAGCUUUUUCCCAAUAAUUGUCAAAGGGGACGAGAAGAGAAACUUUUCUGUACUAUACAUUAGACCUCAAAUGUGUAUGAAUACUCUCUAUUGAAAGACUGUACAAUUGUAAUAAAACGGUUGAGGUUAAAUUC